GUCGGCCCACGAUGACAUCGAGAGUCCCUGCUGUGGCACAGAACAAUAAACAACAUUUUUUCAAACAAAAGCUUCGUUGCGAACCCAUUUCGAGCAUGGCGUCUAAGCCAGAGCUGGUGAGGGCACAACCCAGCCUCGCAGGACUCAAAGGGUCGGAAUAA